AUGCUGAGGGGACGAAGGUUCCAAAGCGGGAUGGAGAAAAUUGUCGGCCGCUAUCGGCAGUUGAACACGACGCACACAACUGGAUGGUACCAGCAGAUUGAAGAGCUGCGUCGUGUCUCCGGUUCUCCAGUCCACGACUUCGCUACUGCAAACUCGAGCAAACCAAACGAACGCCUCGAUGAAGAGCAUGUUAAACACCGUAUUGGUCCAGUGAACCUGCGUCUCGAGUGUCGGCAUCCGUACUUCUAA